AUGUCUACUGCACCGUCGCAUAAAACAGCGCUCUGCUUGAUCCCACCUGAAAAUCUUUGGGAGCAAAUUCAAUCGAUUCGUUCGGUUCACGAUAAAGCCUAUCUACGUUGGAUGCCACAUAUUAACUUAUGUUAUCCAUUUGCACCUGAAUCCGAAUUUAAUAAUAUAAAAGUUCGAUUAGAAACAAUUCUUAAUGCAAGACCAUCAUUCGAAAUUGAAUUCGAUAAUAAAUCAAUUGAUUAUUUUAAACAGAAAGGUAACGAAUGUACGUUUCAUCUACGACCAAAAGUAAAUAAACAUGUCAUUGAACUUCAACAAAUCAUUGAAAACUUGUUACCAAAUAAUCUCCGAAGUAAACGUUCAUUUGAAGCUCAUCUUACACUUGGUCAAGCAACAACAUCAAGAAUAUCAGAUAUUAUGGUUGAAAUGAAAGCUAAUUGGAAACCAAUUAAAUUUAUAAUUGAUCGUGUUUGUAUGAUUAGUCGAGAAAAUGAUCCCAAUGAUUUAUUUUCCAUUAAAAAUGAAGUUCUCUUAGUUGGUGCCAACGAGCAACAUGAUGAUGAGCAACAACUUAUGUCGAUCGGAGCACCUGAGACGCUUGUAGAAACCCGUUCAAUGUCAACUUCAAAAAGUCGCUUAUGUAUAAUUCCACCGGAUGAAUUUUCCACUCGUCUUUUACAUUUAUUUGAAGACACAUCAUUUCGUCCGAUGAAACCUUUUCAAAUUGUUCUUGCUGAAUAUGAUAGGGCUCCAAAAGAGUCUGAUCUACAUUCGCGCAUCAAUUCAAUAUCAAAAUUUACCGUUGAUUUUGGUGCACGUUCAAUUUGUUUCAACUAUUCAACAUCACGUCUCUUUCUUAAGCCGAACGAUAUCGAGUCGAUUCAACGGUUGAAUUUAAACAAUUCUCAUGAUUUCGAUGGAACUCUAACAUUAGGAGACUUGGAUAAACAGGAUUUGACUGAAGUCGGAAAUCGGUUUACACAAAAUUGGACAAAGGCAACCAAUGAAUUUGAAGUUGAUCGAGUACAUGUGAUGGAUUCCAACGGACGUUUUCAAUAUACUGUUCCAUUGAAAAGUCAAUGUUUUUCAUAA